AAUGCUCGCCGCUCUCCGCCGCUGAACGGCCGACAAUGGGGCUCCCCGUCACUAUCAAGGUCAAUUUCCGGGGGAACGUGAAGAGAUUCCUGGCGCAGGACCUGGACAAGCUGGAGUGGGAAUCGGUCGAAGCCUGGAUCAAAGCGUCUUUUGGGAUCAACCACUUCCAAGUGAAAUACUUUGACGACGACAACGAGGAGAUUUGCAUCAAUAGUCAAGACGAAUAUGAAGAAGCCAUCAAGAGUGCUGAGAAGCAGGGGAACCAGUUGCACAUGAACGUGUACAAAAUGAAGGGUCAGGCGUGCGGCGGCCCGCUGAAGACGGAGGUCAAGGAGCUGAAGGGCGACCUCCGGCCCGCUCCCCCCUACCCCUCCAGGGUCAAGACUGUGGACAAGGGCACGCAGGUCACCCCGGAGCGAGAAGCUGUCACAGUAAAGGACAACAAGGGGAACAAACCAGAUGAUGAGCCCCCUCCCAUGUGGUUCAGAGCAUACAUGGAAAAGGUAAAGUUUCAGAAAACGUUUAAGGACGAAGUGGUGAAAGAGGUCGUCGAGCGGAUGUGCACCGACUUUUCUGGCCAGUGUUGCACUCACAAUUCCCCCGACGGGCCCCAGGAGGCUGGCGGGGCCGGCGGUGGACCUAUGGGACCCAGGCCGGGCCCCUCUGCCUCGAACGGGUCCAUCGGCUACACCCCAAACUGCAGCAGCUGCAACAAACUCACCUCGGACGGGGCCUACAAGUGCAGUGUGUGUCCUUCCUGCAUCCUGUGUGAGAUGUGUCGACAUAGCCAUGACCCCAGCCACAACCUCGUGAGAACCAAGACGCCUCUCUCCAUCCCUGAGCACGGGAUGUACGGAGAGUUAAGGUUCCCGCGGCGAGGAGACAGGACAGUGCGCAAGGCCGAGCGACAGCGCCUCAAAGCAGAAAGGAGGCAGCUCAGAGCCGAAGUGAAGGAAAUCAAGAAGAAACUGAGACUGGAGAAGCGGGGGUUGCCGUGGAGCGGGCCCUCUACCUCAGGCAGAGCCAACCUGACAAACAUGGCCUCCGCCUCCACCCAGGUCCCAGCCCCGCCCCCCCCUGCUGACUCAGACACAGCCUCAGGUCCAGCCCCAGCCCACGGUCCCAUCCCCGCCCCGGUCCCUGAUCCCCAGGCCUCCAGUCCAGAGGGUUCCGGGGUCUCGCACUCGUCCUUGGUGCCCACUAUGGCUGCCUUGUUUCUGGAUGAAAAUCUGCCUGACGGCACCCGUCUGGAGCCCGAUACCAAGUUCGUCAAAUACUGGAAGAUGAGGAACACGGGCACAAUCAGCUGGACCUCAGAGACUAAGCUAGUGUUCAUGUGGGGAAACCUCGCCCUGGCGUCGGAGAAGAGGAGGGAGGUACCGGUCCCCCUGCUGCUCCCCGGGCAGGUGGGGGUGGUCAGUGUGGCCUUUGUCGCGGCCGUGAUGGAGGGGACGUACACCUCCCAUUGGCGGCUGGCGCACUGCGGCUGUCAGUUCGGCCCACGCGUGUGGUGCAGCAUCGUGGUCGACCCUGGCAACAGCCGCAACGCACUCGGACACCAGAGCAAAAGACUGGCAAGUCUGCAAACCAACGACACGCUGUGCAACUACAACCAGACGAUGUUAUCGCUUAACACACUUGAGAAGGAGGAGGUGAGGACGGAGGAGGAGGAGAGGGAGAGGGAGCUCGGGUCUGUGGACUUCAGCCAUGAUGACUACUACUUCCCCUCCGUCGACCUGCUGACUGCUCAGGAUCUGCUGUCUUUUGAGUUGUUGGAUAUAAAUAUAGUGCAAGAGUUGGAGAAAGUUCCCAAUAACACUCCUGUUGAUUUGACGCCCUGCAUAUCUCCGCUGCCCCAUGAUCCACCAGCGCUGGAGAACGCCGCAAUUUCACAGAUCAAAGAAGACACAGUGGUCACAGGGGUCAGGACACUUUUUGGAGUGAAACUGAGGCAGCCGAGGGAGUUUUCCGAGCCUGUUGCCCAGGAGGAGGAGAGGGAGGAGGAGAUCAGCGGAGCCCAGUUCCUCUGUGAGACGGUCAUCCGCUCCCUCACCCUGGAGGAAGCCCCCGACCACCGGCCCCUGCGCCGGCUCCACCAGGUCGUUUCCCGAGGUCUGAACUUUUGCUCCGAGAAAGCAGCCGAGGCCGAGAGGAAGGAGAAGGCAUCAGAUGGAGAUGAGGAGAUCUGUGCGAUUAGACCCGAGAGUUCAGCUCUGCCUCCCGACACAGGCCUCAACCAGAUCCCCCAGGAAGAGGAGAUGAGGCCAGUUCUUCUACUGGAACCGGUGAAUGAGAACCUGCAGGUCACUUCACAUCACGAGAACGAGGAUGAGGAAGUCGUGGUUUUGGACGAGAUGCAAGAGGAGGGUGGAACCAGAGGAGAAGACUGGGACGAGGUCAGCAGCCAAACCUCCUCCGUCUCCUCCUGCGACGACUACGUCAUCGUCCUCCCAGACUGCUUCGACACCAGCCGUCCUCUGGGGGAGUCCAUGUACAGCUCCGCCAUGUCUCAGCCUGACGAGGACGAGGACGAGGACGCAGCAUCCACCGCCGCCGUGGUAACAUCAGCCGAUCCAGACGUACAGCAGGAGAACGAAGACGAUUCCAACUGCGAGCCGGGCGGGGCGGAGAGGCCAGAAGUGGACGCCGGCGAGGAUUCCUCGGUGUCCGCCUGGCUUCCGCCCGUCCCUCCGACGACCCACAGCAGCGUGAACCAGAUGCUGUGCGCUUCCCAGACUCUGGACGCCGUGACGCUCACGCCCGAAGUGGUGCCACCGCCUAUUCUGUCCGACUCCCUGCUGUCUCCGCCGGCCCUCUACUCACCCAGGUCUGAGGCCCUGUACCUGGCCGAGGACCCCAGUCCUCCAGCCUGCGAGCCGUACCAGCCGAGGGUCCACCUCAACGUGUCGUACGGUCUCUCCCGGUCAGCAGGCUCAGGAUCCAGUGCCUUCGAGACGUACAACCCCAGACCCAGCUACGCACUGCAGCCAAGGGUCCAAGGAGGCAUCACAGAGGGACUCGUCAAAGGGGCCCUUUCUGUGGCAGCGUCCGCUUACAAGGCUCUCUUCACCGGACUCAACUGUCCAAUUCAGCGAGGCAUCGACCCGGCCACCAGGCAGGACCCCUCCCUCAUGGGCGUGCUGCUGGAGAUGGGCUUCAGGGACCAGCGGCUCAACCAGCGGCUGCUGCGGAAGCACGGCUACAGCCUGCUGCACACCGUCAACGAGCUGGUGCAGAUGGCCGAGGAGCGGCAGAACGAGGCCGUCGAGGCUCGCCACUGAGGGACGGAGGUGAAAGAGGAGAGUGAUCGGAGGGAAUGUAUCUGACUUUUAAACGUGAUGUAGAGAGAAUAUUUUAGACCGUGUGUGUGGGGCUCGCCAUUAUUUAGAGACAUUUAAAGACGAGACGAAGAAAGAAAGAAAAACUAUUUAUGAUUCACAGGUUGGUUUUUUUUCAAAGGAUGAACAGUGUGGACCAAUAGGACGGUGAUGUGAGUCGGAAUAUGAUAAUUAAAAAAAAAAAGAAAUAGGAGCAUUUACUUCUGAAACACGUCGUUUAGAGUGAAGCUUUUCAUCAACGGCUUCUCCCGCCUUUGCCUUUAAUUUUAGCUUAGACAUCCUUUGAUGAAGAUUAACCAUAUCUACAUAUAUGUACACACACACACUUGUAAAUUAUUAUUAUUAUUAUUAUUGGAUAGUGGUGAACCCUUUUGCCAUGCCUUCGUUUACCCGGGCCACUGAGCUUUUAUCGUGUCGGGUCAAGAGUACGAGGGGGAAAAGGAAAAAACGACGCGUGUGAUUCCUCAGCGCUGAUAAAAUAAUCGUCCCUCUCCUCCCGAGCGGAAGUCGCCGAACGUCGUACAAAGAUGGAACUGUCUUUCCGAAAGCUCUCGUUUCAGACGGUGUUACAGAAGCCGCGUCGCUUCCGACUUUUUCCUCUCGAUUAUCGUAGUGAACUCUUCUUGCCUAAACAAUGCAAAUCUUUUUUCUGUAUCAGACGUACUGUUAUUUUAGACGUUGACCUGUGGAAUGUAUUAAUCUGUCCGAACCGGGGGGGGGGGGGGGGGGCAACAACUUGUUCAGAUGUCUUUUUUUCUACUUAAUGCUUUCUAGGAGACACCUGCAUGACAGGUAGAGGCUUUAGAGACCAGUCGUGUUCUUGCGUCUUUAGCACGGUCACAGUGGAGAUUUAAAAAAAAUCAAAUAAGUUCGCUUCGUGUCAUCGUUCCGAACCCUUUGCCUGCAUUUGUCCACGCGUGUCGCCAUCCGACCAACCUGAAACCUAGCAACUGUCACUUAGCGCUAGACGUCUCCUUGACAACACAUUCCACGAUCUCUUGGCGGAACCAAGUAUAUUCUGUUCUCAUUAACUCACCUUUUAUGAAAGAGUUUUAUCGAAUAUGUACACACAUGAUGAUGAUUUUGACUUUAUUUGAGACGAGUGUGUGUGUGUGUGGAUUUAAUUUAAUGUACGUUUCCUAAUUGUUUGAAUCGUGUGUGUGGUUGAAGACUUUUGAACCGUGUUUUCUUAUGUUGACCAUUUUGUUUCCCCGAUGAUUUUAAAAGAAUCAAAACUCCAGAGAAUAAUCCUGAAUAUAUCUAACUAUGCUUGUCAAAUGAUUCUUCUUCUGCCACUUUGAGUGUUUUCAUCAAAACUACCCUUCGACUGUCAAUCCGCCGAUAAACUACUUGCACAUCU